AUGCCGGGAGUAAUACGGAACACGGUUGACAGGCUCGACAAGCCUAGUGCAUACUACCAAAGCAGGAACAAGCGGCGCAAGUACGAUCGAGAAAAUGAAGAUCGGGACGCAAAAGAGAAGACCCCGGAGGAGCCAGCUGAGGACCCAUUGAAGGAUGCUACGACUCUUUACGUUGGCAACCUAUCCUUUUACACGACGGAGGAACAGAUUCACGAACUAUUUGCCAAAUGCGGGGAGAUCAAGCGAUUAAUCAUGGGCUUGGAUAGGUUCAACAAGACGCCUUGCGGUUUCUGCUUCGUGGAAUACUAUACGCAUCAAGAUGCCCUGGAUUGUAUGAAGUACAUUGGGGGCACCAAGCUGGAUGAGCGUAUCAUCCGGACGGAUCUGGAUCCCGGAUUCCAAGAGGGAAGGCAAUAUGGGAGAGGAAAGUCUGGCGGCCAGGUGCGCGACGAGUACCGAGAGGAAUACGAUGAGGGUCGAGGUGGUCUUGGUCGAGCUAUCCAAGCAGAGAGACUUAAGGAGGAAGAAGAAUAUGGUAAGGGCAGAUAG